GCCGGGACGCGCGGCCCCGCGCUGCGAGCAGCCCGACCUCGCAGCUCCCGGUUCACCAAAUACGGGCAGCGCUUCGAAGUCUCGACGUGGGGGUUGCCAAAAAAAGAAAAACAAAAGCGGCACAACACCUCUUUUGCUUACCUUGCUCUUCUGGCAGCGCCGGGGCGGGUGUGCGGGCACAGCGGGGGACAUCAGCGCUGCUUUCUCUUUUGGUUUUGGUCCACGCGCCAACACCGGCAACGGCCGCUCUGAGCAGCGGAGAGAGCGGCAGUGGGGGCAGAGCCGGGGGGAGUCGGGACCCCGCGGGGGGGCCGUGGUGAGGAUGGAGCGCGGAGGGGUCCCGGCGCUGCGGUGGCUGCUGCUGGCUGUGGCGCUGCCGGCGCGGGGCGGUGAGUGCUGCGGUGAUGGGAGAUAAGCGCAGAGGGUUUUGCUGAGCGAUACGGGGUGAUAAAGGAAGGAGUCAUGCAGGGAGCCUUCGUGGCAGCGUGUGGAGGUGUUCCGGGCUGGGGGCACAGUGCGGGGCAGCGGAAUGGAGUUUGGGUGGUGCUGGCGGGCAGAGCUGUUUGGCAUCCAUGGGAGAAGACGGCUUUUUUUGGGUGGAAAUCGCCGCGCGACUGCUAUAGUCCCUCUGCCCCACUGCGCGGUGCAGCUCUGCCUGCUGCACGCGGCCGUCCCGGUGCCGGGGGCCCACAGCCCCACUGCCGGCUGAGCCCGCCUGCCCUCUGCACGGCCUCUGAGCCACCCCUGGCCGCCGCUGUGGGUCGUGUGGAGUCGCAGUGGUAACGGGGGGGAGAAGGGAGGGGACUCCAGAGGGCCCUGCAGGGCACAGGGAGAUGGAGCACUGCUCGCCCCUGGCCCCCCUCCACCAUCCCCACGGCCCCAGGUCAAGCAAGUUCCAUUACCCCAAGCCCCCACAAGCCCGGCUGUGACUCCCUACACACAGGUGCCCCCGACCCCCCCCCCCGGGCUCUCCUGCUUCAGGCGCUGCAGCUCCGGCCCCUUCACCUGCUCCUGGCCACCCCACGGCCCCGCCGGCAGCACCACCUACGUCCUCGUGCUCUGCUAUGUGAGACGGCAGCUGUGCCAGUGGCACAAUGCGAGCACCGCCACGGAGCACACCCUGACGCAGCACGAGGUCUAUGUCCGUACCAACGCCACGGCCUGGGUGGAGGCGCAAUGGGGACAGCAUCUGGAGCGCAGCCCCAACAUCACACUGCACCUCGACGAGGCCGUGAAGCUGGAUCCCCCUCCCCACGAGAUGCCCUUCGCUAAGGCCAAUGGGCGCCUGCAGCUGUGGUUGCCGCGGCCGCAGUGUCACCACGGGGAGCGGCCGCCGCCACGCAGGGAGGUUCGGUUCCGCCGGGUGGGUGACCGCAGCUGGACGCAGGUGAUGUGUGAGACAGGGAAGGGUGAGGAUGGAGAGGAUGACCCAGUGAGCUGUGAGCUGGGGGGAACCGCCGCCUUCGAGGUGCAGCUCCGGCACAGGACGCAGCACUGGAGCAGCCACUGGAGCGACUGGAGCACAUCCAUCUUCGUCCCCGAGGAGAUCCUGGAGAGCCCCGCACUGAGCUUCAGCCUGGGACACCUUGGGAGAAACGGGCAGAGGCUGCUGCAGCUGGGCUGGCAGCGCGCCCGCGCGGCACAGGGCAACGUCACCUACACACUGCGUGCCCACAUGCCGGAGUGCAGCUGUGCUGAGGAGGACGAGGUGGUGUUGGGGCCGGAGGAGACAGAGUACAACCUCACGCUCUGCGGGGCUGCAUACGAGAUCGUGCUGACGGCCGCCAACGCCGCGGGAUCCGGCCCUGCACGGCGGCUGUGCGUGCCGGCGGAGCAGCACACGGAGCUCAGCUUCCGGAACAUCAGCUCGGUGGGCAGUUCGGUGAUGGCACUCUGGGAGGCACCGACGCGCGGCUUCGCCUUCUGCUCCGAGCGGCAGCGGCUGCCGGGAGCCCCACAGCCGGGGCACUGCGUGCAGGAGGAGUUCCUCGCACGCAGCUCCCAUUGGCAGACAGGGCCGCUGGAAGCGCCGGCGUGUUACCGGCUCGCCGUGCACGGCCGCGGUGCAGAGGAGGACUGGGCCACCUUCGCUCUGCAGCAUCGCUUCGUCGGCAACACCUCAUUGGCCGCCUCUGUCCGCAUCAACGCCAGCGCCGAUGCCGCCGUGCUGAGCUGGGAGCCGUCCCCACGCGCUGCUUGCCCCGGGGCGCUGGUGGGGUACCGCGUGUGCCACGCGGCUGAAGGGGACAACGUGACGUUGUCACUUACAGAUGGUGAAGUGGACGCAUCAGUAUCGCAGUACGCGCUGCGAGACCUGAAACCAGGCACCGCCUACAGGGUGGGCAUCCACGAGGUGGCAGCGGGCGGCGGGGGCACCUGCAGUGCCCGGUGGCACUUCCAGACCCCGGCGCUGGGUGUCGGGACAGCGGUGUGGAGCUCCAACCUGAAGUACCUGGGCAUCUCGCUGGGGCUCCCCGCCGCCGCCCUCAUCUACCAGCUGAGCAAGAAGAGGCUCCAUGGGAUGCUCUUCCCCCCCUUGCCCAAACCUACGGGCAGUGAAGCCCUCCGGUUCUCAGCCAGCGAGACGAGCCAGCAGGACAAGCCCUGGAAAAGCUUCGUGGAACCCUCGGAGCAGCUCAGCCCCGGGGAGCUGCUGGUGAUGGAGCUGAGCCCUGAAAAGGAGGCGGCCACCAGCGCACGGCCCCACACACCAGAGCUCAGCCCCAAAGAACUGACGGAGCCACUGCAGCCACACUGCAAUAUGGAGCUGCCCUUUGCGUACCGGCAGCAGGAGGUGCUGUACCCGGAGCCAGUGGGGUCAGGGGGGGUCCCCACCUGUGACCCCACAGCCGCAGAGGAGGAUGCAGGGAAGUGGGGGCUGAGCCAGGUGCUGGCACCUGUUGUGCUGCUCAAACACAUCACCCCACAGGAUCAGGAGGGAGUGGGGCUGCUGCAGGAGAAGGCGGUGCCUUAGGGAUCCCAGGGAUGGGGGACAAGCGGGUCCUUCAGGCAGUGAGGGGGUGAUGCUGAGGGCGUGGGAGGGCUGAUGCUGAGCAGCCGGGUGGGAUGCUGAAUGCCCUCCCCAAGGGAUGGCCCUGCGGGAACUUUCCUGGGGGGCUUUCUGAUUUCCAGGAGCACCACUGCACUGCACUGCGCAGGGCUGGGACCCAGUGAGGCGCAGUGCAGCCCAAAAUAAUGAGGGCAGGGGGCUGUGGGCUCAGCUCCCCGUAUGGGGGCAGGGAUGUUUCCUUGGACACAAGGAAGCUGCUUUGGGAGCACAUCGGAGAGUGAACACUGCAUCCCUGCCCCCAUGGGAUGGGGGCACCGCCAACCCCGGCGCCGAGCACUGAAAUACUGGAGUGUGAAAGUAAAGAAAACCAAACAGCGGUG